GAAAAGGUCAUCCAAGGUCGCGAAAUCGAAUUUUUGAAGUACCCAACACCAGUGUUGACAGCUGAAGGUGGCGCAGCAUCUUUCUGUGUUCGAAUUCGUCGCUGUAAAGAGGAGGAAGUCGAAAUUCUAUGGCAAAUCGCUGGAAACCCUGUCACAUGCUCGGAGAAAUUUCAGGAGAGUCCAAGAAGCUAAAUGGUUAUUCGAGCAUCGUAGGGACCUACUGGGCUUUGAAUAUUAGAUUGCCGCAAGAAAAAAUUCAAAUUCUUUAUUAUCCUUAGAGACCUUACAAUGUAUGAAUAAUACUCGUCAGAGUAAAAACUAAUUAAACAACAAAAAAUAAAUAUAUGUAUAGAACAAACAGACAAAUAAAUAAUAAAAUGACAAAAUCUUCAAGUUUAGCCUUAAAAUUAUUUAUAUCUCCACUCUUUAAUGCGAUUUGGUAG